GAUAAAAGUUAAAGAAGAAUAAACCUUUGACACUACAGCUGACCGGACCUCUUGCCUAAAAACAACGACAGAAACAGAAAAUAUCACAAAUAUUAGUUUGAAUUUGUUAUAUUUUAGCGUUUUAAACAAGGGUGACUAUUUGAAGUUGUAAAGCAUGGAGCCGACAGCGCCCAAAAGCAAGCUGAAGAAACUGAGUGAAGACAGUCUCACAAAACAACCGGAGGAGGUCUUUGAUCUUCUGGAAAAACUAGGUGAAGGGUCCUAUGGCAGUGUGUUUAAAGCCAUCCAUAAGGAGUCAGGCCAGGUGGUGGCUAUCAAACAGGUGCCUGUUGAGUCAGACCUCCAGGAGAUCAUCAAGGAGAUAUCCAUCAUGCAGCAGUGUGACAGUCCCUAUGUGGUGAAGUACUAUGGCAGCUACUUUAAGAACACAGACCUGUGGAUAGUGAUGGAGUACUGUGGAGCCGGUUCUGUUUCAGACAUCAUCAGACUACGCAAUAAGACGCUCACAGAGGAUGAGAUAGCCACCAUCCUCAAGUCCACAUUGAAAGGUCUGGAGUAUCUGCAUUUCAUGAGGAAGAUCCACAGAGACAUCAAGGCAGGCAACAUUCUCCUCAACACAGAGGGCCAUGCCAAACUGGCUGACUUUGGAGUAGCGGGACAACUCACGGACACGAUGGCAAAGCGGAACACGGUGAUCGGGACUCCGUUCUGGAUGGCUCCAGAGGUCAUCCAGGAGAUAGGAUAUAACUGUGUGGCAGACAUCUGGUCCCUGGGCAUCACCUCUAUAGAGAUGGCUGAGGGCAAACCUCCCUACGCUGAUAUACAUCCCAUGAGGGCUAUUUUCAUGAUCCCAACCAACCCUCCACCUACGUUCAGGAAGCCUGAGCUGUGGACAGACAACUUCACACACUUUGUAAAGAAAUGUCUGGUGAAGAACCCAGAACAGAGAGCUACAGCCACGCAACUACUACAGCAUCCGUUCAUCACAGCAGCCAAGCCAGUCACCAUCCUGAGAGACCUGAUCACUGAGUCCAUGGAGAUGAAGGCUAAGAGACAACAGGAGCAGCAGAGAGAGCUGGAGGAGGAGGACGACUCUGAAGAGGAGGUGGAAGUGGACUCCCACACCAUGGUGAAGUCUGGGUCAGAGGGGGCUGGCACCAUGAGAGCUACCAGCACCAUGAGUGACGGAGCUCAGACCAUGAUCGAGCACGGCAGUACCAUGUUAGAGGCAGACCUGGGAACCAUGGUCAUCAACAGUGAUGAGGAGGACAACGAUGAAGGCUCAAUGAGGAGACACCCCACCUCCCAGCAGGCCCUGAGACCCUCCUUCAUGGACUACUUUGACAAGCAGGACUCUAAGGUCCAACAGGAGAGCUAUAACCAUAACCGGCAGCAGGAACCAGGCUAUCACAUCAGCCAGGCUAAGGACGUCUUCCCUGACAACUGGAAGGUUCCUCAGGAUGGAGACUUUGACUUUCAGCUGAAGAACCUUGACUUUGAGGAGCUGCAGCUGCGUCUGACGGCUCUGGACCCCAUGAUGGAGAGAGAGAUCGAGGAGCUGCGCCAGCGCUACACCGCCAAGAGACAACCCAUCCUCGACGCAAUGGACGCCAAGAAACGCAGACAGCAGAACUUCUGAAGAGCCUGACCUGAGGAACACAUUCUGACCUGGGCCCGUGUUCAUACAGCGUCUCACAUUCCAGAGUGCUGAUCUAGGCUAAAGUCCACUUUCCAUGUAAUCUUAUUCCUUAUGAUCUAAAAGGUAGAACUGAUGCUAGAUCAGCACUCUGGCAGUAGAACUGAUGCUAGAUCAGCACUCUGGCAGCAGAACUGAUGCUAGAUCAGCACUCUGGCAGCAGAACUGAUGCUAGAUCAGCACUCUGGCAGCAGAACUGCUGAGGACCUUAGAAAAGGAAUUCUGACCUGGUGCUUUCUGUUAAGACCUGAUCAAGGGAGAGGAGAGACCUGACCGCUGUCUGGAAUUUAAUUCACCCUGCUUCUGUGCUUCUAAAUGUCCUCCAUUUUGUCUCUCAUCACCACCCCAGUAGUCAGUGUGACCUGGAGUUAUCCUAUCUUCCCAUGGCUCUGCUGGCCCUCAGGACUAUUUUAAACAAUUAUUAGCCUCCCCCUCUGUUAAUUAUGAACCUGUAGGUAGCCUUAUACCCCUCUGUUAAUUAUGAACCAGUAGAUAGACUUAUAUCCCAAAGUAUGAUUGAUUAACAUUUACUUAAAGAUAUGUUUUUCCCCUUUAGAGCAUCCUCUGAUAAACUGUCUGGGUUUAUUUGCCUCUUGGGAAAUGACCAGCGAUAUGGAAAAUAAUGUUAAAGGAGGAUACAACAACGCAUUGUAAACUGCAGACGUUCUACUUGACAAGAAAAGCUAGUUUAUGUUGUUAAGAUGGGGAAGCUUCACCAUCCUUACAUCGGCGUCACUAAGAGGCGUGGUCAUCUCAACGAGAAAUGGCAGAUUGGGGGAAGCGGCCAUUGUAGAAAUGGCUGUCGUUUCCAGGUGAUACAAAGAAAACAAUAAUGUGUGAGAAACCAUCUAAAUCGCUAUAAAAUAUAUUUUCAAUAACAACUUUCUUUUGCGGCUGUUGAAAGUUGGACGAAACUGAAAGUGAAUUGUUAUCCGGGGUCCUUUGGACGUCCACCAUCAUUGUCCAUGCUAUCCGGUAUCCUUGUACAGUCUUUAGCCAUAACGACAAUUGGUCCUGAGAAUGUAACUCUAACGUUACCCCAUUGAAGUUGAAAAUGGUCAAGGUUAGGUAAGUGUUAUAGUUUAGGGUAGGGAUGUUCCCUGAAAUCCAGAUAGCACUAACCACCAUGUUACAGGGAAAUGGGAUGCGAGGUAGGGGAUUGGAGUUGUUUGGAAUGGAGCCUAGUUGUUGCAGUUCACCUAGCUUCCACACGGAUGGGACAUUCUACAUGUACUGUCGCACCUUCAAUAUAGCCCCACUAUUCAUAUCAGUUCCACUGUGGUAGUGGCAGCCAGCCUGGGGGAUGAUAGAGUAGUGCAUCGAUGGAAACCCCGUGGUGUGUAUUUGAUACAUCAUGAUGUAAUACUGUAGUUUGUCAACUACCAAACACUAACUGGAUGAGAAUAAAUGCCUUAAAAAAUAUAUAUAUAUAUAUAUUUUUUUUUUAAGCAAUUCAUUUAUGU